UUUCAUGCCUUUGGCGUGUCGGUCGUGGAGCUGUGAAUUCGACUUUAGCGGUACCGUUUUGUGCUGAAAUCUUUCUUCUCCUUAACCGUUUAUCUUUUAGGACUUUUUGGUGCGGGCUCCAGACAACACAAGCGUACUCCAAGGAUGGGCGGAUGAAUGUUUUCCGACUUGGAUCUCAAUAGGAAAGACGGUAUAGUGCAAAAAUGGACUGGAUCGUGGCAAGCAUCAGCCUGAUGAUCUUGUAUUCGGCUUCAAGUGCGAGCAGUGUCGAGGCUGCUGUCGUUGCUCGACCUGGCUUAGCUCAAGCCAUGAAGGAGCUCGUGGACCACUUCUCCGACAUCAGAAACUGUAUGCGGCCCCGACAUUGCACCGACCUUUUCCUGGCCGGUCAGACGGUGAGUGGCCUGUACAAAAUAUUUCUUGGCAACGACGACGUCACAGGAAAAGUGGUCUAUUGCGACAUGGACACAGACGGAGGAGGCUGGACGGUCAUUCAGAGGCGAGGGCAGUUCGGUAACAGCGUUUACUACUUCUACCGCAACUGGACGGAGUAUGCCACCGGCUUUGGCAACCCUGCCAAAGAAUACUGGCUCGGCAACAGAGCGCUACAUACUUUGACGACGACUGCAGAAAGCAUGGAGCUGAAAGUUGUUUUGACGAAUCACACCAGUGAAAGCAUCUCUGUCCUCUACGAAAGCUUCAAAGUCGGCUCGGAGAAAGCAGACUUCAAGUUGUUGAUGGGAAGCUACUUGGGUCCUCAUGGCUGGGACUCACUCUUCUAUUGCAACCACAACAAAUUUUCCACUUUCGACCAGGACCACGACAACGCAAAAUUCAACUGUGCUGGGGCGUUCCGCGGGGGCUGGUGGUACAACGAUUGUCACAAGGCAAACCUAAACGGUCUCAAUCUCAACGGCCCACAUGCCAGCUACGCCGACGGCAUCGACUGGAGCAUCCGGAAUGGCUCACGUCACCUGUACCACUACUCUUAUCCCAGUGUGACGAUGAUGAUACGACCCGUCAGACUGAUUAAAACCACGAGAGUUGGGUACCUUUAAGCAACUGAAGCUUUUCAAAGCAAGAGUUGUAAAGGUGUGUUGGCAGGCUGUUGCCAAUAUAUUUUGUGGACGCUUUAGGGGCACAUUUUCCAGCCGUCUCCACAUCUUAAGCUUUGUAUCAGAAAAUGUUGUCAGAACUCUAUCACAACAUUGUGUAUUCAGUAUUAAUGUUCUUCCUCUCUGGUGUUUCUUUGAAAAAAAUAAUGACUUCGCUUCGGGGGCCCAUCUCGCACUGACCCAUGAGGUAUAAUACAAAGUUAAAACAUAAUAUGUAUUAUACAACCCGACUGAACGGGAACGCUUCAAUGUGUCCCGACUUCUAUUGUCUCCGCUUUUGGAAUGUACCUUGUGCUACUCGACAUAAACAUGGGGCGUUAAUUCCGCAUGCAGCGGUAAUAUGCGCUACAAUUAAGGCACUACCGCCGCAUUUGUGUCGCUGCUAUGUCCUUAAGCAACGUUAACUUAAAGCCUGAUAUAGGCAAUCCUCAGUGUUCAGGCGUUGAAACGGCGGAACUAUGGGCGCAGUUGGUGCUUCAGUUCGACGUACAGCACUUCUGGAGCUUCAUUAUUGCAGCAGCUUACACAGGGUUUCUGGCUGUAUUUGUUGACGCUGCAUUUGCCCCUCCUGGUAAACCCGACACGUAUUUCACAUACCUGCAUAUGCCUAUACGUGGCCCUGAACAGGUGUAUCUUAUCAUUUCUCAACCUACCCGCAGCAAAGAACGUAGACAACUACGGCUUGGCAUUUCUCCUCAUAGAAAUGUUCAAAAAAACUCACUUCUGACAAUUAUCACACUACGGAAUGUGUAGAUUUAUUAAAACGGAAAUACACUAAGGAAACAAUAGUUCUGGCAGUAUUGGGAGCUGUACGUCUACUUAAAAAUUCCACUGCUUUUCUUCCCUCUAAUGUGCCAAAUUCCUGUGUUUAUGCUCUUGUUCACAAGUAUACUUUAGCAAUAUGUGAUUACAUUGUUAAUCUUUAUGUAACGAUAUCAAGUGGCAACAUUUUCUACACGUGUGGACCGCAUUAUGCGCUGUAUUUGCGUAAAUAGGUCCGUUGCAAGCCUCAUAGAAUACAUGUUUGACAGGAGUGGCCAUAUCGUUUGUAUGAUUUUUGCAAAUAAAAUUUCUUUGCUUCUA